UAUUUUGUUAAAUCAAGUAUAUAGUGUCGCAUGUAAAACCAUAAGAGUUGAUCUUGUUCGUUUUAAUAUACAUUUCAUUCGAAAGGACUAAUAUAAUGAUGAAAAUUUGUCUUAAACAUCAUGUUUGUGCUGGUAUUGACAGCAUCGGCGGCCGUAGAUGCUAAUGUGAGGAGAAAAUUAACCGUGCUCGAAAAACGAAUUGGCUUGGUAGAAUUUCGUAUGAAUAACGAUAACGAACAGGCAAAUGAAAUGUUUACAACGUUGCAACAAAAUUACGAGGAGCUAAAUGAUUCUGUGCAUCAUCUAAAGGAUCAGAAGUGUCCUCAAAGCAUGAAUGGGGAAGAAAAAGGAGAUGGAACAAAUAUGUAUAAAAAAGAUAUCAUUGAAAUGCAGACACAAAGUCAAAUGUUGGUGUCGCUUGGAAUCGAAAGCGAGAAAAAAUGGACCAGGGAUCAAGUUGGAAAACUUACCAAUCAGUUAAGUGAGAAUACCGAUUUGUUAAAGAGGCAGUGUUCAGAUCUUUCAAAUCAGAUACAUUUACAAAAUGAUCAGGUGACAAAAAACUAUUCAAGACUCAAGGAUAUGAAUGACGCUAUUGUCAAGAAAAAUGAACAAAUGGAAGAUCAAAUGAAUUUGAAUCUCAAGAGGAUAGAAACACAGCAGAAAGAAAUAGAAACAUUAAAGGACAUCUUGGCUAAAAUAAACAGUACUUUAUAUUCUACAACACCAACAACGACACAUGUACAAACAACGACACCUAAAACGACAACUUUUAUUUGUCCAAUGGGUUGGAUACGUUUCUCAGCAUAUUGUUAUUUGCUUGUAAAUGAGAAGAAGAAUUUCUAUGAAGCACGUGCUAAUUGUGAAUCUGUCGGGGCAUCUUUGGCAGACUUUACAAGUCAAACAGAAAAUUCUUUUGUCGCUGAAAAGUUACAGAUCGGUUCGAACACGUGGAUUGGAUACUCUGAUGAGGAGACAGAAGGAACAUGGGUUUCAUUGAGAACAGGUCAAUCUGCUAGAUUUACGUAUGUACUUAUUUAAAAUUAUUUUAUAAUGUUUUCAAUGAUAAAACGCUUCCAUAACUAACUUUCUAACACAGUUUGGUUCAUUAAUUGUUGAGUAAAUUUUUCUUCUAUCAAACAUGGCUGUAACGUUUAACUUCCGAGUACAUUUUUCAACGAUCGAACAUUACUGGUAACAUUUACUCCUAAGCACAUUUUCCUUUUAUCUAGCGUAACCGGACUCAUUCAC